CAUAAAGUACAGCACACUACUUGAGGGAUACGGCGGCACAUCAAAACACAUCCAUGGAUCGACAAAUGGACACGAAGUUCUAGCCAUCUGCCCAUGGAUCAAGGGCCAGGUCUCGAUGCUUAGAAUGAAUACAUUUUCCAAGAUGGCCUCGAUUUUCUUUAAACAUCCGUUUUAGGUCCGUUACAAGAUGAGAGCCGCGGCAUGCUUGGGGCUCUUAGCAUCCGCAUCCACUGUGAGUUGGGCUCAGAACUCCCGUCUGGAUGCCUGGCCGGUGAUUGCAUCUGCGUGAGCGCCUCACUGUACUGCACGGUAUUGAGGAGAGCGGUUAAGGCACUUGCUUGCUGCCUAAGCUCUCGUUCAGCGCCCAUCUCAGGGCCGUACUGCAGGGCGUGUGCGCGGCUGGUAGCUGCUUUGCUAUCGUGGCUGCUGUAUUGGUCUGCGUAUAUACGGGGUGUGAAUGUACAAUACCGUGACCUACACCGUAUUCCUAGACAUGCAUGCAUGCCCUGCUUUCUUCGCUGGCCGUUUAGUCGGAUAUUGUGAGUCAGGCAAGCUUCCCCGGGCCUGACAGCUUACGAGAGACAGAUACCCUCGGGC